AUGGGGAACCCUUACAAACCUUAUGCAAAACCGAAAUAUGAACUUUCGGUUGCUAAAAAAUUUGUGAUUGAGAAGCAUUUCAAAAACCGUCAUGAGAAAAAUUAUUCGAAUUACUCAAAUUCAGAGAAACUGAGUGUUAUCGAAGGUUUGAAAUUAGUUCAUCAAGAAAAUUCAAUACCUUCUUCUUCUUCCAAUGAUGAUUCUUCUUCCCUACAAGCGUCUUACGCUGUGUCUUUGCUUAUAGCACAAAAUUCUAAGCCAUUUACCGAAGGUGCCUUUAUAAAAGAUUGUAUUAUCGAAACAGUAAAAGCUUUUGGCAAUUCUUUAACUUUGGAGCAAGCAGUGAAUAUUCCCCUUAGUGCAAAAACUGUAACUUCAAGAAUUGCUGAUAUAAAUGAUUCUAUAGGAGACAAGUUACAGGAUCUUCUAAAAUCAUGUAAAUAUUUUUCUCUGUGCCUUGAUGAAAGUACCGAUAUUCGACACAUGAGCCAACUGAGUAUUUUUACUCGAAUUGUGCAAAACGAUUACUCGUGUGUCGAGGAACUUUUAGAUUUUGUCGUAUUACGUGACACAACAACAGGUCUCGAUAUUUUUUUGGCAGUUGAAGAAACUCUUAAAAAGUUUAACAUAGAUUUUAGUAAAUGUUCUUCGAUUACAACUGACGGUGCGAAAGCGAUGACAGGUUCAAAGAUAGGAUUUGCUGGCCAAUUAAAACAGCGAAAUUUAAAUAUCCCCAUUAUACAUUGCAUAAUACAUCAGGAAGCAUUAGCCGGUAAAGUUGUAAAACUUUCAACAGCUAUGGAGACUAUCACUAAAAUAAUCAAUGAAAUUAAAGGUGGACACAAAUUUCUGACUCACCGAAAAUUUAAAUUAUUUCUUGACGAACAUAAAGCUGUUUACACAGAUGUCCCACUUCAUUGUCCAGUUCGUUGGCUUAGUGCUGCAAAAUAUGUCACAUUUCUUACUGAACUCGCUUUUAUUACUGAUAUAAGUAAUCAACUUAGGUUUCUCAAUUUAAAGCUGCAAAAGAUGAAUCAAAAUAUUUCCCAGUUAGUCAGUCAUGUUAAUUCUUUUCGAAGAAAAUUACAGGCAUUGAAAUCUCACUUAAAUGAUAAUAUAUUUCACUUUUUUCCCUCAUGUCAGAUUAUUCUCGAAGAACAUGGCAAUGUUUGUAAUUUCAAAGAAUAUACUCAUUUUCUAGAUUCUCUAAUAGACGAAUUCGAUAAGCGGUUUACUUGUUUCGAGAAACUUAAAACCGAAUUAAUUCUUUUCGAGAAUCCCCUUACAGCUCCAAUUGAAGAACAGCAUCUUGAUUUGCAGGAUGAAUUAUUUGAUUUACAGAACGAUAUUUCGCUUAAAACGAUUAAAGAAACUGGUGUCGAUUUUUACAAAAUGUUGAAAGAAUCAUCAUAUCCCAAGCUUCGAGAUUUCGGACUUCGAAUUCAUUCUAUGUUUGGAUCCACAUAUUUAUGUGAGACAUCAUUUUCCAAAAUGAAAUUAAUAAAAAAUGAAAGACGUUCUUCCUUGAGUGAUAAUUCUUUACCUCGUCUUAUACGGAUCGCUACGAGUAAUAUGAAAAUCGACGUUUCUGCUUUCGCCCGUAAAAGAUUCCGAAAAUCGGAUUGA